AAUUGAAAGGUGUUGAACCGGGUUUAUUCAGUGAGAUGGAUACAAUAGGGAGAUUGUUCAUUGAACAAAAUCCUUGGUCGUGUGACAAGCUUUCUCUGGAAGUCCUUCAAAAUGAGCUGAUUGAUCUUAUCGAAAAAAAUCACCUUGAUAACUUUGAUGGAGGAAAAACAAUAUGUUUCGACCCACCAGAUAUGAAAGGAAAAAAGCCUCUUUACUACAAAAAUACGACAGUAGCUAGAGCUCACUUUCUAAUUCGCACUUACAAAGCCUACCCCAGCCCAACUACCCCUGGAAUAAUGAUAAUUCUUGUGAUAAUCAUGGUGUUACUGUUCUUGGCAGUGGUCUUUUCUGUCAUUAAAAUAUAUGGCAAGAAAAUUCUUGACAGGACUAUGGACAUGUGGAAACCAGGUUCAACAAAAGAUGACAUGGACAAAAUGGAAGCUGGAGAGUUAGAGACUGAAAGUCUUUUCACUGACAAUAUGAAAAAGAGAAGACGCAGGUCUAGAGGAAUCCCUGGGGCAAAAGCUAACACCUCUAGUUCCGACGAGGAUGACAACAAAAAACAGACACGAACUUCAGAAAGACCCAAACCAAAAACAAAGAAACCAAGGACAGAAUCUGGAGGGUUUCCAAGGGGGGUUGAUAGCAGUGGAGAAAAACCGAGAAGUCCUUCCACUGUGGUUAAUCCCAUGAUGGAAUGGCAACAACAAUCUGGUGGGCUUCGUGAGGAAAGCUUUGAUGCUGAUGAGAGUGGCCACUCUACAGUUGUUGACCAAGAGGAUUAUCUCAAGGACAAAAUGAAGCAACAAAGGUGGCAAUCCAGUGGUUUUGCCAAAAAUGAAACAAGCAGUGAUGCAAACAAGAGUUCUCUUUCUACUUUGUUUGGUCUGGAGGAUUAUCUUAAGGACAAAAUGAGGGAGGAGAAGGAAGAAUCUUGUGGCUUUGAAGAAGCAAAUAGCAGCAGCGAUGAGGACUGGAAGUUUACCACUGUUGAUCUUUACUAAGACUAAAGUUUAUGGGUACACAAGCUUGUUUUUUAUAAGCUAAAUGUGUUUAACUUCUUGCAUAUUUUUUUAUUUGUACUUUUGUUUUAUAAAAUGAAUGAGAUCUAUUCAGCACUAUGUAAAUCUGCAAAGCCUACAAAAAAAUGUAACUCUGUUUUUCUUUGAGAUAAUAAUAAAUGAGUGGCACCACU